AUGGGUAUUACAGAAAACGGCAGGGUUGCUUUUGUUGUCUUCAUUGUAUCAUGCUUUUGGGGGAUUUCAUUGGCGGACUCCCAGACAAUUAUCGUAGGCUUAUACUGCGGCACAACUAAUGCUGCGUCAGGUGCUUUUUUUGCCGAUUACUUUAUUCCCGCAAUGGAUAGUCUAAGCUCUCUCGUAAAUCAAAAUGGGUUUGGGACUACCGUUGUCGGAGAAGGCCCAAAUGCUGUUUAUGCUCUUGCCCAGUGCUUCAAAGACCUAAGUUUAGUAGAUUGCGAACUUUGCUUCUCACCAUGGAUUCAGGGGACUCAAAAGUAUGUUCUUACAGUACGAACAGUUCCCUGCCUGAUAAGUUUAAAUAAAGAAAUUGUUAACGAGGCUGUUGGGAAUGUUAGCACAGAAGCUAUUAAGAAUCAGGGUUUUGCUGUUGGAUCGGUUUCAAACUCCAAUAUCUCAGUAUUUUCUCUUGCCCAAAGUUGGGAGAGCUUGGACAAUCAGAAAUGCAAUAGUUGCCUACAAGCUGCUGCUUCUUUUGUCAAUUCAUGUUCUCCAGCUCUUGAAGGUCAGUCAUUUAAUGCUGGUUGUUAUCUGAGGUAUUCAACUGGGAUGUUUUGGAAUUCACUUCCGACCACCUCGAAUUCAUCAGUUGCGCUACUUUUAAGUGGGAUUGGGAAUUGGAAAGCCAAGGGAUACUUCCGCAGUUCAGAUUCUAAGUCUCUUAAAGGAUAUGGAGCAGGGCUUUCUGCUUCCAUUUCUCAAUCCAAGCUCAAUUUCAGAUACCAGGAAUUGAGGAACGGUACCAAGAAUUUUGACACAUCCAACAAGCUUGGGCAGGGCAGCUAUGGAACUGUGUACAAGGCUGUACUUCCUGAUGGAAGAGAAGUUGCGGUGAAGAGGUUGUUCCUGAAUACAAGACAGUGGAUUGAUCAGUUCUUAAAUGAAGUGGAUCUGAUCAACUGCCUCCACCACAAAAAUCUAGUGAAAUUGCUUGGUCGCAGCACUGAUGGCCCCGAAAGCUUGCUUGUUUAUGAGUAUUACUUCAACAAGAGCCUGGAUCAGAUUAUAUUUGACCAUAGUCGAGCAAAAGUUUUACACUGGGAGAAGAGAUUGGAUAUUAUUCAAGGGGUGGCAGAAGGUCUCUAUUAUCUCCAUGAGGAGUCAGAAAUCCGAAUUAUCCACAGAGACAUCAAAGCGAGUAAUGUUCUUCUUGAUGAUAAUUUUAAGCCCAAGAUAACAGAUUUUGGACGUGCAAGAUCUUUUGCAGAGGGUCUAAUCCAUCUUAGCACUGGAGUAGCAGGAACACUGUAAGAGAUCAACUUGGUCAAUCAAUCUUUUUAUGUUUUUUGAAUAAUUACAUGUUUGCCCCCAAGCUUGCAUAACACUAUGCUGAGUUUUUCAACUUUCACCAACAAUUUUUAAUUUGCUGUAAAAUUUUCAAUCAUUUGGUUUUCUUCUGUGAUCUUUGAACUGAAAAAGCAAGUGUCUGCAGAGGAUACAUGGCUCCUGAGUAUGUAUUUCAUGGCCACCUAACUGAGAAAGUUGACUUAUACAGCUUUGGAGUUCUGAUUCUUGAAGUAGUAACAGGUCAAAGGUGCAGCAGCGAGGUGGGAUCACAGGGACGGAAAUCUUUCUUAGCAAGGGUAUGUAACUAAUUUUCAUUCUCAGAAUGCCAAAGGUAAUUUGCGGGCUUUUUAUCUUUGUGUGUCAUUCUGGAAAUCACAAUAUAUGCUAAUUGUCUACAACUCAACUCAUCAUUUUUCCAUCUAAACGGAGUUGGCUACAUGAAUACUUUUUAUCCAUUCAGCUCUAUUCAAAGUCAUACUUGUUACUAGUCCUAAGCUUUACAUGUAUUUCCUCACUUCUCCUAGAGUCAGUUUAGGUCUACCCCAGGUUCUUUUAGCUAAUUGUCUCUACAGAGAAUAUAUCACCCAUGUUUUCAGGUCCUAGGCUGCAAGUGCAUAUCGGGCUUGCCAGGAUUUCAGGCCUCUGGUUUAAGGAGGUAAAAAAAUCAUCAAUAAUGAACUCUUUUGUUAAAAACACAGAGAACAGAAAAUGUGAUUGAUAUAAAACACACUAGAUGGUACUUCACCUUUAUUCGGCCCAAUCCUUUUCCUUAAAAGAAAAAGAUUGGGCAAAGUUCAAUUACUGGAUUACAAAGUAUUCAUUGCUGGAAAUUUGAAGUUGAUCUCCUU